AUGCUAACUAACCCUGAUUGCUUACUAGCGAGAGUGCUACUUGGUAAAUACUGCCAAAAUGAUAAACUCCUUAGAGUAGAAGCACUUAACACAUCGUCUCAUGGUUGGAGAGGAAUAUUAGCUGGCAGAGACUUACUUGUUGAGCAUCUGGGCAAGGUUAUAGGGAAUGGCUCCUCGACUACGAUAUGGGGUGAACUCUGGAUCUCUACUGAUCAUGCUAUGCUUCCCUCCAGUCCUGUUAAAGAAGAUGAAAGCGAUUUAUAUGUGUCUGAUCUUAUCUUGAUAGGAACAGGGAAGUGGAAUUUGGCAAGAAUCAAAAAGAUCCUACCUGCUUUAGCUGAGGAGAUCAUGACCCUAAGACCAAGCUUAACUGGAGCAAAUGAUUCGUACAUCUGGUACCCUGUGGCGUCGGGAUCAUAUUCUGCGAAGUCGGGAUAUGCAGCGGCAUCAGCAGCUGCCCUCCAAGUAGUUACUCAACCAGCAGCACUAGCUUCAGUCAACUGGAAAAAGUAUGUUUGGAAUGUUGGAUACUCCCCAAAACUCAAACUACUAACUUGGAAAAUUCUCCAUGAAGCUCUUCCUAUGGGAGUAAACUUGGAGAGAAGGGGAGUUGUUCACAACUCUACUUGCAUACAUUGUGGAGCAACAGAGACAACUGAACAUCUCUUUCUCCACUGCCCCUUUGCGGUUCAGGUCUGGAAUUUGAUCCCUCUCAAGAUACCUUUUAACUCCAUACACUGCGCAUCCUUCUACUCCGUCCUUGAAGCGUCGACAAGCUGGGUAUGCCUACCACCGACAGGUUACUCAGAGAACAUCUUCUACUGGGUUGUAUGGUCGCUGUGGACAACACGAAAUCACUUCCUGUUUGAAUCAAGACACAUCUCACAAUUAGAGGUUGCCAUAAAAGCUCUUGGGGGAGCAAAGGAAUGGUCUGCAGCCCAAUUGGACUCCGAUGCAUCAAACAACAACACAAAGGUACCAACUUUACCUUUGCUACCAUCCAUGCCCGAGGAGACAACCACGUGUAACACAGACGCAGCUUGGAACCCGAUCUCCAGAGAAGCAGGCCUUGGAUGGAUUCUCUCGAAUCAAGACACCUCAACACUCCAACGAUCGCAAUUCCAGACGCAUGUUCAAUCAGCUAUCGCCGCGGAAGCCUUAGCGAUUCGAGCAGCACUAUCACACACCAUUCAUCUUGGCGUCACAAAGAUCUGGCUUCGUUCAGACUCACUAGGGCUUGCCAAAGCCAUCGCUUCGAUCACCAAACCAAAGAAUCUUCACGGAGGAGUCAAAUGGGCUUGCAGAUUCUAUCGCAAAAGCCACACUCUGUAA